CAGAUGACUGCGAGCCCCAGGCUGACGACCCGGCUGCUCCAGGCGCACCCCUGCUCAUAGACGGCGAAGAGGCGUACAGGGUCAAGGAAGUCCUGCAUUCUCGGCGGAGGCAGGGCCGUCUUCAAUAUCUCCUGGACUGGGAGGGUUUCGGUCCAGAAGAACGGUCCUGGGUGGACCGCAAGGAUAUCCUUGAUCCCUCUCUCCUUGUUGAGUUCCACAGACGCCAUCCUUCUGCUCCUGCGCCGCGGCCCCGUGGCCGACCACGACUCUGCCGGGACUCCGGCGUCCGGAGCCGCUCCUCGGGGGGGGGCUCUGUCAGGAAUCCACCUGCUGUUUACCUCUCGGGUCAUCCACGUGCACAGUCUCCUGAGUAUUAAUCAUCCCUCAGCUGCUGCCAAUCCCUAAUCAGUCUCCACAGCAUUUAAACCAAGCUCUCCCCUGAGCACUCUGUGAAGUAUUGUGCCGUAGCCUUUACUGGGCGAGUUUCCAAGCCUGUUGUCUCUCCAAGCCUCGACCCUGUUCUGAUCUGUUUACUCUCCUGCUAGCCGCCGACCUCGACUCCUGCACGUCCCUGACCAUCGUCUCCGCCAGCCUCCGACAUACCCUCGCCGUGUUGACCUCCGCCUGCCUUCGACCACCGUCUGUCCUCGUCUCUGAUGCUUCCUUGCCGGCACUGACCCCCGCCUGUCCGACCUCCGCUGCCUUUCCCCACACUUCGCCGAACUUAAUAAACUACACUGCAUAUGGAUCCAAACGCCUCCGAGUCUGUGUCACAG